GGCGGCUGAGGCGGCGGCUGAGGCAGCGGGAGGAAUGUCGGAGCUGGAGGGAGACACCAGCGGUACGGUGGAGGAUGAAGAAGUGUCUAAACCCAAGCGGAGAGGAAAAAGAAUCGUGAAGUCUCGCUACCUGCAAUACGAUAAGAAAAACGCCAAGAAGGUUACUUCAAAUCUCUUUUCAACGUCUGUUGUGAAAUCAUCUACUGCAACUAAACCAAAAUCAGUUCUUCCUCUGAAAUGUAAAGCUUCCGCUGGUGUUAUCAAUAGCUCAUUAAAUCAGAGUAGGUUUCAGAAAGGCGUCUUGCAGUCCACUUUAUUAAAUGGAGAUAAAACUAAUCGACCAGAGUUUGACCUCUCAGCUAUUAAUGGUAAAACUGUCUGCGAAAAGACUUUUGAGGCAGACUCCGCUUGGGAAGAUACAGACACAAGUAAAGAGGGCAAAACAGUGAGAGAAGACUCUGAUGUUCUGGAAUUGCUGGAAUCUCAGACACUGCUUUUAACUUGCCUAAGAAUAAAGGCAGGAAACAAUCUUGCUGAGAUAGAGGAAAAAGGGGAAAAAGACUUGAUAACAUUGUGUGAAGAAAAGGAGAGACAACAGGAGAAGCUUUUCAAGUUGAAACGUGAAAUUCUACUCAAAGAGAGAGAGCAGAAACUUGAUGAUGCAUUAGACAAACAGAUAGAAGUGCUUUCUUCCCUUGUUCCUGUUUGUGAACGGUUUAAAGAGCAAUAUAAAAGCUUUGCAGUUUCCCUGGAUGCCACUAGACAUGAAUUACCCAUAAAGAAUAUUCACAUAGAAGGAGAUACGCCGACAUUCCUUGGUAUGAAAAUUUGAUUCCUAUGCUAAAAUUC